AUGAUUAAAACUGGUAAAACACCCAGUUGGAAUUUUGGUAAAAUUUCUCGUCAGCGAGCAGAACAGCUACUUCUAAAUGAAUCUAUCGGAACAUUCCUUGUUCGUGAAAGCGAGCAUUUUCCAGGUGAUUUAACAUUAUCGAUACGAGAUGAGGACCGAAUUCAACAUUAUAGAAUCAAAUUUGACUUGAUUAAUCGAAUCUAUACGGUUGACGAUGAAAUCUUUUUUCCUGAUCUCAAUUUACUUGUUCAGCAUUACGAAUCUGACGCUGAUGGAUUGUGUUGUCGUUUAGAAAAAGCUCUUGAUGAAAGACAAGAUGUAGUCGAUUCGACUCGUUUGCAAAAAUCUGUCACAACAAAUAUUGAUUGUAAAGAAUUACACAUCGGAAAACUCGUCGGAUCUGGAGAAUUUGCUGAGGUGUAUGAGGGAACCUAUCGAAAAACACGUGUUGCAAUUAAGAUAUUGAAGGGAUCAAAUUCGGCGGAACUUUUCCUUCAUGAAGCGAGCAUUAUGAGUUCGCUGAAGCAUCGGAAUCUUGUUCAACUAUUGGGUGUGACACAAGAGUCAGAUAAUGUUUUUUAUCUAAUCACAGAAUUUAUGUCGAAAGGUUCACUUUUGCAUUAUUUGACGACACGAGGAAGAUCUGUGAUUUCACAAGCAGAUCUUAUUGGUUUUUCCAUUGAUAUUUGUGAAGGUUUGCUUUAUCUGGAAGAAAAUCAUAUUGUGCAUCGUGAUAUUGCAGCAAGCAAUGUGUUAAUCGCUGAUGAUAAAACAGCAAAAGUAUCUGAUUUUGGCUUGGCAAAGGUCUUAGGCAAUACUGAGAAAGACAAUGGAAGUAGUAUAAUUACAGAGAAAAUCAAAUGUCGAACAAAGUGGACUGCGCCAGAAGCACUUGAAUCAAAAAGAUAUACGCAUAAAAGUGAUAUGUGGUCAUUUGGCAUUCUUCUCUGGGAAAUGUUUUCAUAUGGACGUUGUCCUUAUCCUCGUUUGCCUGCUGAUGAAGUGUUAAUAAAUCUGAAAGAAGGCUAUCGAAUGGAACCACCCGAUGGGUGUCCAAUCGAAAUAGGCGAUAUUAUGCGGCAAGCGUGGCAUAUAAACCCUGAUCGUCGUUUAUCAUUCUAUCAAGUUUUACAACGAUUACAACAUGUGAACGCGUCAUCUUAA